CUGAAGUCCUCCUUUUCAAAAGAAACCGAUGUGAAUAUCGCCAGGGUAUCCUUUCUCGAGAAGUGGUGAAGGCUGCCAGAGACAUGUGAUCAGCCUCGCCCAACGGCAUUCCGUUCAAGCUUCACCUCCAGCCAACAGCUCCGGCUACAACAGCCAGAACCACAACGUGCAGUCCCUGCCGCUCUCGGCAGCGCUGUGACUGAAAUAUGGAUCUCAUUCUCACGCCUGUCCGAGUCGCGACCUCCAAGCCAGCGCGGCAGACAUAUCUCAACACGGUCCUAUUCAUGAUCACAUCCACGAUUCUUCUGGGACUUGCGAUGUUUGCGUACAUUCUCUUCUAUCUCAACUACGUGCCGCAGAUAGGGAUUGAGCGAGUUAUCCAUUUGCAAUACGGAGACGGACCAAAUCCAUACGGUAUCGCAGCUCUCGACUCCUCCCUGGUUUCUCAACAGCCAUACGAUAUAAUUGUCUCCUUGAACGUCCCGCGCUCCCCACCGAAUCUUGCACAAGGGAACUUCAUGCUUUCCCUCUCCCUCCUCCCCCCGACCUACAAGCCCACACUCCCAGUAUCCCCCACCUCAAUCAUAAAGCGCACAAGCACUGUCUCCCCAGAAGACGUGUUGUUUUACUCUCGACGUCCAGCAAUCCUAACAUACACAUCCCGCCUCGUCUCCCUCUCCGAACGUCUUCUAUCCCUCCCGUUAUAUAUCCUCCGCCUGCGCCAGGAAUCCGAGGUCCUACACAUACCAAUGACCGAAUCCCAAUCUUUCAGCAAAGGAUGGAAGAACGUCCCAGGUUUCGUGAUGCUAGAACUACAAGCCGGACAGGAAGUACAGGUCUACGAUGUGCGAGUCCUAUUCACAGCCCGAUUCGGAGGAAUAAGAUGGUUAAUGUAUAACCAUCGGAUCCUCUCAUUCCUCAUCUUCACCUCCGCAUUCUGGUUCUCAGAAAUCCUGUUCACAUUGCUAGGAUGGCUUACCAUUCGAUAUAUCUUCUCGCCGAAAACAGAAGUCAAGACGGAGUUGGUGAAAACGGAGGAAACAGAUGCUAGUCAGGUCGAAGCCGAAGGCGAGGAAGAAACAGAUGAACUUGAUCUUUCAGAUACCCCGAGGACGUUCCCGACUUAUGGGAGACAGGCACCGCUGAGAUAUGUGCCGAAGGUGAAGGAAGAGGAGAGUGAGGAGUUUAUUAUGGAUGAGACGGCUAUUCAGCCUCUGGCUGCGGAGGCAGAUGAUGAGGAUGAGGAGAUGGAGGCGUAUAGAGGUGGCAGGGACUCUGGGGUGGGAACCAGUUUUAGUGAGGGGGCUGAGAGGAGUGGGUUGGCGAGGAGGAGGUCGAGGGGUGCGAAAUAAGGAGUCAGAGACUUAUGAUGCCCAAGUGCAUUGGAACGAUUCAAAAUUUGCUCGGAAGUUAGGUUUGCAACUCUGAAGAUACAAGUUCGGGUAAGCCCCUGAUUCUUCCUGCUUAACUCUUUGCUAUUCCCUCUUGCUCUUGAGUCCAGUGGAAAGGAGUAACUAGAGGGAACAUUACUCAAGAGAAACUAUCUUGGCUUUUAGCAAAAUGGCUGCUCUAACUAUUCCAAAGAUCUAAAAGGUCCUUCUGCUUUCACAGUCAGAUCUGACAAAAAGCAUGGCAACAAC